AUGGGUGUUCCAUCUGUCCUCUUCGUAUGCACAGGAAAUAUUUGUCGCUCUCCAGUUGCUGAAGUGAUCUGCAGCAAGUAUACAAAGGGCUCUAUUAAGACUGAUUCUGCUGGAAUUUCGAAUCACCACGUCAAUGAACAAGCUGACGAAAGAGUUUUCGAAAUCGUAUCCCAACACGGAAUCGAUAUUAGUAAGCAUAGAGCCAGACAAAUCCGCGCUGAUGACUGGAUGCUCUUUGAUUACAUUGUAGCCCUCGACCAGAAGGUUUAUGAUGUACUCUUGAACAUGAGACCAAAUACAUCAAUCUCAAAAGUCGUUCUUUACGGUAAUAUCAGAGAUCCUUACUUUUGUGGUCGUACAGGAUUCCACAAAAUGUACGAAGAAAUCGAAACAGUUAUGCCAAAAUUCUUAGAAAGCAACAAAAUUUACAACAUGAGCUAA